UUCCAUGCGAUUUCUAAUCAUUCAGACAGUGCUCGUACAAUGGCGUUAAGAAUUUUGUGUCUUCUCAGCCUUUUAGCAUUUUCUCAAGCCGGACUCCAGCCACUUUUUGAUCCCAAAAUCGUAAAUGGAGAAAAUGCUAAAAUAGGCGAGAUUCCGUAUCAGGUUUCUCUUCAAUACACAGAAGUUUCCUUUCACUUUUGUGGCGGCUCAAUCCUGAAUAAUAAUUAUGUCAUCACGGCAGCUCAUUGUGCUGAAGCAAUAGGAGCACCAAGUAAUGUAAAAGUUAUUGCUGGCACUAUCAAUUUAAUUAAUCCAAAAUCAGAACAUAAUGUCAUAAAAAUCAUUAUACACGAAGAAUAUGAUUCUCUUAAUUCUUGGAUUAAUGAUAUAGCUUUAUUGCAGGUCGAAACUCCUUUCAUAAUAUCUAAGACCGUCGGAUUUGUUCCUUUGCCACCAAAAGGUUUUAAUGUUAAAGUCAAUGAUGUAGCCGUUGUAUCGGGAUGGGGCAGACUCUGGCAAGGAGGACCAACCACUGUUAGACUACAACGAGUCAACAUCUUCAUCGCUGAUCGCACCUACUGUCAAUACAUAUACAAGCAAAUGAACUACAACAUUUAUCCCACACAAAUUUGCGCAUAUGAUUCAUCAAUCGAAAAAGGAUCGUGUCACGGUGACUCUGGUGGCCCAUUGACUGUUGGAGGAAAACUCAUUGGACUGGUAUCCUGGGCAAAUGGUUGUGCUAGCACCUCUUAUCCUACUGUAUACACGAGUGUCAUCGAAUACUUGGAUUGGAUUACAGCUAACACAGCCUAAUCCAACUUUUGCGUCUAUCUAUGAUUCAUACUCUCUCCUUCGUUUUGUAUAAUUUUUUGUAAUUAUCAAUACUUAAAAUCCAGGAAAAAAGGACGUUUUUUUUUUUUUUAAUGUAAAAAUCGAUAACGGCAUAAGGUGAUAAUGACAUAGGGUUGUACAUAAUAAGUGCCCUCAAAAUUCUGUACACAUUUUCGAUGAAAUAAAUUAAUUCUUUCAGCAAGAAAACACUGACAAAGUUAGUCUGCCUGAAAAGACUGCAGCGAGGAAUUAUCGCGCGACAAGUGCCGUUCAUUUUAUCUAUCACGAUUAUUACGAAUCAAAAUCCAGAGAGACUUUGAUAUAGAGCUAUGCCUGCUAGUUAGUGCAAGAGGUCGGAUAGAACUCGGCUCUGUCGUGAAAUCAAUACACCAUGACCGCGCGGUGCUCACGUGUUGCUCUUAUUUCCGGCAAUACUUGGCAGAGCGGAAGCGGUCGAUGCUCACAUUUUAACGAUAAUUGACAGUCAUGAUCGUAGCGGCGUCUGUAUUUGAUAAAAUAGAUCAUAAAUAAAAGAUAUUCGUUAAUCA